CACAGUCCACACAGCUCCACAGGAAAACACAGAACACCAAACCCCCUGUCUUUAAAUACAAUGGCUAACAGCAAAGAAGUUGUGUCAGUCACCUCUGCAUGGAGCACAGGGUUCAUUGAGGAGCUCCUCCCGUCGUCUCAGCAGGUCUCCCUGCUGUACCACCUCUCCUACCUGUGUCUGGCUAAAUUCCCAAAAUUGGAGAGGCUGCUCCGGAUGCGAGCAGUGGAGACCCAACUUCUCUUCGGAUCCUCUGAAGCUGUUCUGCUGAAGUGUGUGGGCACCAGUCAGAACUUGGUUUCGUCACUGUUUCCCAUGCUGACUCACGCUGUUGAGAAAAAUAAACCAACACUGGGCAUAAAGUUCCUGGAGAAAGCAAGAACAUGGAUCAAUGAAAUUAUCUGUGAUGUGGAAAAGAUGGUGGAGAGGUAUGACAUACACAACAGAGAUGUGGCUACGACUACCAGUGACAUCAUCACUGAAAAGAAAGAGACUGAAAAACAACUUACUCAGCUCUCCCAGGAGACUGAAGCAAUGACAAACGAGAUUAACAAGCUUGAUGCCGAGCUGAAUAAAACCACUGCACAGCUCACAGAAAUAGAGAAGCAGAUUGAUGCCAAAAAUCGUGAGCUCCAGAAUCAUGUAAGAGAUGCGGCUGCUAAAAGCAGUAGCCUUAGCAUCUUUGCUGCCAUUGUGCCUUUCAUUGGUCUGAUUGUUAAGUCCAUUUACGAUGCCGCAACUGCUCCUGGUGUUGCUGAAAAAACCAAGGCUCUUGAAUCAGAACUAAAUCGACUCAGUGCUGAAAAGAUUUCUGUGAAACAAAGAGAGUGGAACUUGCAGGUCCAGACAAUCGACUGGCGGAUGAAGCUGGCCAAACUACAGAUCGACAAAGGUUCUAUCCCUGAACCAACCCACCUUGGAGAAGUCCAGCGUUUUCUGACUAAAAUCCAGAAGAUUCUUAAUGAGCUUAAACGCUUCUGGGAAAACGUCUACAGCUUGCUGGGCACCAUCAAAGACAAGACCUUUGUUGAUGAAAAUAUUGUUGAUGAUCCGGACCUUAAGGAUCAAUUUUUGAAGUCAAUCCAUACAGCCUCAGAGAUAUGGGGAUUUUUUGGUGACUCCUGUAAUAAAGCUGGUCAGAUAUUCAGAGUGCAGUCCAAGGAUGCCUACAAAUUCCUGGAGAUUGAACCGUCCUCCCUCUCAGAGGACGUGUGGCAGAAAGAAUACGACAGUGUGAAAGACCAGCUGCAGCAACUGAAAGUCUGUUUUGACCAGCCAUCAACACCAGCCAUCCAAAACUGA